CGCCAGCAGCUGCUCCCAUUGACUAGCCCUGGCCUGGUGGACGGAGUGCUGACGGAGAUCAAAGGGCAGGCCGCCCUGGUUGCCAUGGAUGUGACUGGAAGUGUCAUCCGCCAGCAGCUGCUCCCAUUGACUAGCCCUGGCCUAGUGGACGGAGUGCUGACGGAGAUCAAAGGGCAGGCCGCCCUGGUUGCCAUGGAUGUGACUGGAAGUGUCAUCCGCCAGCAGCUGCUCCCAUUGACUAGCCCUGGCCUGGUGGACGGAGUGCUGACGGAGAUCAAAGGGCAGGCCGCCAUGGUUGCCAUGGAUGUGACUGGAAGUGUCAUCCGCCAGCAGCUGCUCCCAUUGACUAGCCCUGGCCUGGUGGGGGAGGUGCUGGCCGAGCUCGGCGGAGAAUCCGGGUUGGAGUUCAAGACAAUGUCAUGUGAAAAAUGUGGGGGUCACGUCGUGGAGAGGGCCCUCAGACAGAUGCCCAGAUGGAGAGAAAAGAGCUCAUCGGAGGAGAAGUCAGCCACCACAGAAGGAGAUACAGAGACAGAAGGGGAGGAUUAGGGGAUACUGGAGGCCCAGGUUCUGUCACUGUGUCGCGUGGUGUAAAGGACAGGAAUGUCACCACUCAGCUGACAUAUGUCAUUUUGGUGGGAACUGAAAACCCUGUCUACCUCAUUGAUGAACAAUGGCAAGGAUUCUGUCAUCAAGCAACAAUAUAUUGAACUAAGCUCCACAUUGCACUUCAUAGUACAUCUUCAUAGUAGAUAUUCAUAGUACAUACUAUUGGAGACAUUUUGUCACAGUGGCAUUACAUGACCUAUCUCUCCGUCAGUGUGUGUGACCGAUGCUGUGGCUAGUACAGUGCUCCAGCCCAUGUUGACAGUGUGUCACAGAAACCGGCCCAAGCUCUGCAAACCUCUCACCAAAGGCAUUGUGAAGUACCUGACAUCACUCAGCUUUGCUCCUGGAGUUAGGUGAUUAGAGGAAGUCUACAUGCUGGACAAAGACCAUUUCCCUGUUCGUUCAAAGUGUGGCAAGGACUUCACAAGAAAAUAUGAGCUUGUUGCACAUUAAACGAUAUACAUUGAAGACAGACCGUUUCAGUGCUGUAAAUGAGAGAGAACUUUCUGUCGCAUCUAACAUCACACACGAGAACUUGCCACUGAGAGAAGCCACACAAAUGUACCCUAUGCGAGAAGAUGUUCAGCUGCCUCAAUAUUUUGAAAUACCAUCACAGAGCUGACAUAGGUGAGCAACCUUACCCUUGUGUCCAGUGUGAGAAGAGGUUAAGCUGCUCUGGCGAUCUGUCGAAACACCUCCGUAUCCACACCGAGGAGAAAUACAAGUGUUCCAUAUGCGAGAAGAAUUUCCAACACUCGACCACUCUGAAAGGCCAUCAGAAAACCCACUCAGAGGACAGACCCUUCUCUUGUGUGCAGUGUAGAAAGACCUUCAGCAGGUUUGAAAGCCCCAAAUGUCAUGAGAAAAUUCAUACUAACCAGAGAUUACAGCUUUGGUCACUGUAGGAUGGGUGUUAAAACUCCUAGUAAUCCAAAAUCACAUCACUCACCACGAGGGACCAUUUCACUGUGGUGAGUGUCGCAAGAUCUUCACUAGAAAUUACACUUUCAAGAAACACCUCUACUCUGGUGCUGAAGAGUACAAAUGCUCAUAUUGCGUGAAAACACUAAGCUCUUCCAGGAAAUUCAAACUCCAUGUCCGAAAUCACCAGGGGGAAAGAAAGAUAUACGAUUGCCCCGACUGUGAGAAGAGUUUCAGUUCAGUAGCGUAUUUAAAGAAGGACCAACAGCUCCACACUGGGGAGAAGCCCUGAAGAGUCCUUCUUCUACCUAGGGCAGCUGGUGAGUCACCAGCUGGACCACACCGGAGAAGGGGCACACGUCUGUACCCAGUGUGGGAAGACCUUUGCCCAGCUUAUUCACCUCAGAAGGCAUGAGAAGAUCCACUCUGGGGAGAAGCCACACCAGUGUGGUGUAUGUGGUAAGGGUUUAGGCAGGAGAGAUCAUCUGAAAAGCCAUCUGCAAACUCAUGUAGAAAAAGAGGGAUCGUUUGUCACAAGAUGUGAUUGAAUACUGUUAAGUUUUUGUUUUUGUCAACCAGUGUUUCCCGAAAAUAUGAUUGAU